ACUGUUUGUGGUUCUGGUAUGAGGUAGCACAAAUUCACUGAGAGUGGUGUUACAACGAACACAAACAUCUGGCCCUGUUACUUGCCCUGGGCAUUUUGGGAGAGCAGCAGGACACACAUCCCCCGGAGGAGGGCAUGGUUGGAAAUUAGCCUGAGCAAGUAAGUAAAGGUCUGGAUCAAAGGCUAGGCACUUUCUAAAGUCAACUCCCUCCCACCCUUUGACUCUUGGUCAAGAGCUGUGCUGAGCUGGCCACGGCCUGGCUCAGGGACGCUCGUACCAGCACAGGGAAAAGCAUCAGGACUCCUCCGGCCUCUCGUAAUAAUGCCAACCAUGGAUGACAUUCUAGAGCACAUAGGGGAAUUUGACUUUUUCCAGAAACAGACAUUUUUCCUGUUAGCUCUACUCUCUGCAGCGUUCACCCCCAUCUACGUGGGCAUCGUCUUCCUGGGCUUCACCCCGGACCACCGCUGCCUGAGCCCCGGGGUGGCCGAGCUGAGCCGGCGAUGCAGCUGGAGCCUGGCGGAGGAGCUGAACUACACGGUGCCCGGCCCGGGGGCCAUGGGCGAGGCCUUCCCCCGCCAGUGCCGCGGCUACGAGGUGGACUGGAACCGGAGCGCCCUCAGCUGCGUGGACCCUCUGGCCGGCCUGGCCACCAACAGGAGCCACCUGCCGCUGGGGCCCUGUCGCCACGGCUGGGUGUACGACACGCACGGCUCGUCCAUCGUGACCGAGUUUAACCUAGUGUGUGCCAAUUCCUGGAUGCUGGACCUGUUUCAGUCGACUGUGAAUGCAGGAUUUUUUAUCGGUGCUGUGGGUAUCGGCUACCUAGCAGACAGGUUUGGUCGUAAGCUCUGCCUCUUGGUGACGAUCCUCAUAAAUGCUGCAUCUGGAGUUCUCAUGGCCGUUUCCCCAAACUAUACAUGGGUGUUAAUUUUCCGCUUGAUCCAGGGGCUGGUCAGCAAGGCAGGCUGGUUAAUAGGCUACAUCCUGAUUACAGAAUUUGUCGGGCUGAGCUAUCGGAGAACAGUGGGUGUUGUUUACCAAGUGGCCUUCACCGCUGGGCUCCUGGCAUUGGCUGGGGUGGCCUAUGUGCUUCCUCAUUGGAGGUGGCUACAGCUCACUGCUACUCUGCCCAACAUCUGCUUCUUGCUCUAUUACUGGUGCAUACCUGAAUCUCCGAGGUGGCUGAUCUCCCAGAACAAAAGUGCUAAAGCCAUGGGAGUCAUUAAGUACAUCGCAAAGAAAAAUGGAAAAUCUCUGCCGGCCUCCCUUCAGAGCCUCAGACCUGAAGAGGAAGUUGAUGAGAAGCUGAAGCCUUCAUUUCUUGACUUGGUCAGAACCCCUCAGAUAAGGAAACACACUUUGAUCUUGAUGUACAACUGGUUCACAAGCUCUGUUCUCUACCAAGGCCUCAUCAUGCACAUGGGCCUUGCAGGGAGCAAUAUCUACUUGGAUUUCUUCUACUCUGCCCUGGUGGAAUUCCCAGCUGCCCUCAUCAUCAUCCUCACCAUUGACCGUAUAGGUCGUCGGUUUCCAUGGGCUGCAUCAAAUCUCCUGGCAGGAGCAGCCUGCCUCGCCUCCGUUUUCAUCCCUGAGGAUCUCCGGUGGCUAAGAGUCACAGUCGCGUGCUUGGGUAGAAUGGGGAUUACGAUGGCCUAUGAAAUGGUUUGCCUGGUCAAUGCGGAGCUGUACCCCACAUUCAUCAGGAAUCUUGGUGUCCUUGUCUGCUCCUCCAUGUGUGACAUCGGUGGUAUCAUCACGCCGUUCCUGGUCUACCGGCUCACCAACAUCUGGCAUGAGCUUCCACUGGUGGUUUUUGCGGUGGUUGGCUUGGUUGCUGGGGGACUGGUGUUGCUGCUCCCGGAGACCAAAGGGAAGGCUUUACCUGAGACUAUUGACGAAGCUGAAAACAUGCAGAGACCAAGAAAAAAUAAAGAAAAGAUGAUUUACCUCCAAGUCAAGAAACUAGACAUUCCCUUAAACUAAGAAGAGACCACUAUUGCCACGGCCUUGCUGUGAAGAUACAAGUCCAGACCAGAGAUUCCUCCAUUCACCACAAAGCCCAUGCAACUCAACCUUACUCCCCUUUGAACCCUACAAACUUAGACCUAUAGCCGAAUAGAGUUUGUUGUCCUACUAUAUUAAAAUCUUCCCAUGGGACCAGAUCCCACCAAAGCCCACCAGCUCACUCCAUUCCCAGAAUUCGUAGGACAAUGCCACUGGUGUGCUGGGAAUUGUUUUCAUCUUUGUAUUUCUUUAUUUUAUUCCUUUCUCCACAAUGAUAUCAAACCAAAACACAUAGGGGGAUUGUGGGCCGGGGAAACAAAACAGAAAAGAUCUGAAAAACAAUUAAGUGGGAGCAGAGACCCUGUUUUCUUAAAGAUAUACUACAGUUAAAUAAUAUCAAGUUGUCUGGAAUGUAUGUCAGGAACUUUAAAUUGGCUUUUCAGUGUCAUGUGUGAAAAAUUUUUUAAAUACCUUCAUUAUCAUCUGGGUUAGACUUUAAAGGAACCUAAAAUAGAAGAAUCAGAACUACAACCUGAUUAAUCACUAAAUCUCCCCUAUUUAGACUGAAUGAGUACAAAUGUGUACUUUUUACAAAAAAAUCUUGAGACGAGUUUGAUAAAAAGCAGUAUUGAAGUUGGCUUAAUAAACCAACAUGGGAAAGUUUCACUCCAACAAAAAUUGCUCUAAAUUUGUGGUUUAAAAAAUUAUAUUAAUAUUUUACCAUGGUAAUAUAGUAAAUAAAAGCUUUUAGAAGCUGAAUACCUCAAGGCCUAUAAUGAAAAACAAAAGUUCCUUACCCCAUUCCACUUCUAUCAAUGCCUCUGGAAUAAUUUUCAACUAUUUUAGCUGGAUUUUUUUUUUCCCUUGUGAUUUAUCUUUAUAUAGCUGAAUAACUUGCUUUAAAUGGACACCUCUUGACUUUUUCAUUACCUAUUGACUUUUUUAUAUAAAAUAUAAAGAUUUAGCUCUCUUCAAAUCUCUCCUCAUCCCAAACCACAACUUCUCUCUUCUCUUCAGACUCCGUGUUAUCACAUUUUCAUUCAAUCAAAAGUUGACAUUCACAUUGUUAUGGCUGCGUAACUAUUUUUAACAGCUGAGCCACAUAGUGUACUAUGAUCAUGCUUUUACUCUUUCACAGCAUUUUGUUUCUCUUGAGCCUUGGUUUUUAUUGCUUGUUUUCUAUAUAUGCACCAUCAAUUUUCCCCUAACUCUCUGAUAAAACAAGAAGUCUCUCAGUGCAUUCAAACACAGCUCCUUCUUCCAGGGAGCCCUCCCACCUGGAGCCUGCAGCCUUCCUGGUCCAGUGUAGCCUGGCUGAUAUUGAGGCCUACGGCACAGUGGUUGCGCUGGGCUCUCCUUUCUCCACCUUCCUGAGCAUUCUGGUGCCUCUUUCUUGUGAGGGAUUCCCUGUCUCAUAGGUCAGAAGUCUUCCUUAUUCUUGGCUUUCUCCCUCAUCUUGAAGAAGCACAUCUCCCAGUAUUGUCCUGAGAAAGAGCACAUACUUGUCCUUCUAAAUUCUCUUCUGUAACAUCAGGAGUUACAACUACGCAUUCCUGGCCCUUUGCCACCCGGCUUCUUGUAAGGCUCUACCAAUGGGUAGCAUUGGCCAGAUAAGAAGAUGGGAGCAAGAGAGACAUUUCUUUCCCCUAUAUCAUGAAGGUGUCUUGGGCAGCGGCAGUAAAAGUUGCUGGCAACCUGAACCAAAGGAAUGUGGGUUCCUGGUCACUGCUCGAUGGCAUGGGUGCACUUUUAAUAGCAAUAGCAGCAGCAACAUCAAUGCCUCAUUGACUUCAUGGCAAGAACAGGAUCUCAGGCCCCAGCCAGGAGCAAUUGCUAUUUCCUGGUCUUAUGUAAACACCCUCUUCUCCCUCUAGCAUACCUUUCUCCCUUUUGCUCAACAGUUUUGUAAACGAGUGCCUGUAUUAAAUUGCU